AUGGUACAAAGUUUAUAUAUUAUAUUUAUAAUUUUGAUAUUAAUUAAAUAUAUCAAGUGUGUUUAUCAAUGUCCAUUGGCAGGUUCUGGUGGUGGUAAUUUAUAUGGUGGAAAUUAUUGUGGAGCAGAAUCACUUUUUCAUCAUUAUUCCUGUUGUGAGGAUAAUUAUUUUGAAUGUUGCUUUGAAUUAGAAGAUUGGGUUAAAGUUUUAUUUGCUGUAAUUGGAAUACUUUUGUUAUUUUGUUGUUUUGGGACACUAUUAUCAUUUUAUUGGGCAUAUAGUCGUGUAACAAAAGCCUCACGAAAUGAUAAACGGUAA